AUGCGAUCAACGCCCCUAUGGAAAAAUCUUAUAAUUGCAUUCGAUUACUCCUUAAUACGUAGUCAACUAAGAAUUUUACAACUAUCUCAGGCUCGUAAUGAAGAGAAAGCCCAAUCUAUGCUCUACCGUUUUCGUGAGGCCCAGGCCAUUCAGCUUGGUUUAGUUAAACCAAAAGAACGGCGACCUUAUCUGGCCUCUGAUUGUAACAAUCUGAAAGAUGCGGAAAAAUGGCGUCAACAGAUAAUUAGGGAAAUUUCAAGAAAAGUAUCAAAAAUUCAGGAUGCUGGUCUCUCGGAUUAUCAAAUUCGAGAUUUGAAUGAUGAAAUUAAUAAAUUAAUGAGAGAAAAGGGGCACUGGGAAGAUCAGAUCAAAAAACUUGGUGGACCAGAUUAUAGAAGAGUUGGUCCAAAGAUGUUGGAUUAUGAAGGUAAAGAAGUUCCCGGUAACCGAGGUUAUAAAUAUUUUGGGCGUGCAAAAGAUCUACCGGGUGUAAGAGAACUAUUUGAGCAAGAAGUUCCUACACCGCAAAAACGUACAAGGUCUGACCUAUAUAAGAAUGUUGAUGCAGACUAUUAUGGAUACAGAGACGAAGAAGAUGGGUCACUGCUCGAAUAUGAACGAGAGCAAGAGCUUAAAAGUAAUUAUUAUAUUAUUCCAAUAAAAUCUAGGCUAAUUAGCAAAUAA